UGUUGGCUAACACCAAAAACUCACUCCUACCGCCGCACACGUGUUUGUCUCUGCACGUUAAAUUUUCACAUCUUCGCGAAAUACCAAUACCCACAAUGGCUGACGUUGCUGUAACCCCGAGUGCUGAGGUCCAGGAAGAGGUCAAGAAGGCCGAGGUGCCGGCCGAGGAGCCGGAGGCCAAGAACGGCGCCGCCAAAGAGGAACCGGCCCCGGCGGCCGAGGAAGGCGGCGAACUCUCAAAGCAGGAGCGCGCCAUUAUCCGGCAAGUGGAGUACUACUUUGGCGACGCCAACUUGAACCGGGACAAGUUCCUGAGCGAGCAGAUUGCCAAGAACGAGGAGGGCUGGGUACCGCUGACCGUGCUGAUCACCUUCAAGCGCCUGGCCGCGCUGUCCACAGACACUGAAGAGAUCUUGGCUGCGUUGAACAAGUCGGAGGAGGGUCUUAUCCAGAUCAGCGAGGACAAGCAGAGCCUGCGUCGCCACCCGGAGCGUCCCAUUCCCGAGCACAACGAGGAGCGACGCAAGGAGAUCCAGGAUCGUACCGCGUACGCCAAGGGCUUCCCCCUCGACUCGGAGAUGAGCGCCCUGCUGGACUUUGCCAGCGCCUACGAAAAGGUGGUAAACGUGACCAUGCGCAAGCACUUUGACAAGCCAACAAAGUCGUACAAAUUCAAGGGCAGCAUCUUCCUGACCUUCGAGACAAAGGAACAGGCCAAGAGCUUCCUUGACCAGGAGAAGAUCACCUACAAUGAGCGUGAGCUGCUGCGCAAGUGGCAGGUGGAUUACCUGAAGGAGAAGCAGGAGGAGUUCGCCAAGAAGAACGAAAAGCGCAAGAACAAGAAGGAGGCCAAGCCCGAGCCGGCCUUUGAGCUGCCCAAGAAUGCCAUCGUGGUCUUCGAGGGGGCCCCAGAAACUUCGACCCGCGAGGAGAUCCGCGAGGCCUUUGAGAAGGUUAAGGACUUUGAUAUCGCCUACAUUGAGUUCAGCAAGGGCGAAACCAAGGGCUCGGUGCGCCUGACCGAAGAGGAUACGGCUGAGAAGUACAUAGCCAAGGUGGAGGAGGGCAAGCUCAAGUUCAACGAUGAGGUCUCCCUGACGCUCCGCAAGGCCACCGAGGAGGAGGAGAAGGAGUUUCUGGACAAGGCCAUUGAGUUUAUGAAGAAGCGCCGCGAUUUUGCCCGCAACAAGGGCAAACGCUUCAAUCGCAAGCGUCACGGCGGCGGUGGCGGUGGCCAUGACCACAAGCAUCGCAACAAGAAGGCGCGUGCGGAUUAACCUUAUGCUUCCCAACCCGAGACCCCCUCUUCCUUCAUGCUAAAACUGUUACUCGGUAGAUCUAGUUAUCUUAGCUUUAAGAAUUAAGUACAUAUACUAUGGCAUUCAUAAAUGCUUUCCUGUAAGAGAGUUGCAGAAAAUUCUCCAAAAAAUAUGUAUAGUCUAUUACAUAGAUAACGAGAUGAACUCUUAAUUUAUUUUAUAUAGAACACUUCGAAAUCAGUUUCCUUAAAUAAAGACCAAUUUGUAAACCCCAAAAAA